CUCGGGAACAGAGCGUUAAGAAGCCCUAGCUACCUCUAUACAAAUUCUUUCGCAUCUUUUUCCGCUCUGUUUCCUUCUCAUUAAUCAAAUCAAUUUUUUGACGGUUACAAAUCUUCGCUUCCCUUACCUACUUUCUCUCUCUCAACGGAUUAAUUUUUCAAGCACUCAAAUCCUCCUCCUCGUCUUUUGUUUACUAAUGGCUGGUAGAAAGGAGGAGGGACAUACCUUCGAUUUGAGUAAAGAAGUCGGGUUUACUUCGUGUUCAUCGAUUUCGGAUAGUAGCGGUGAUGCUACCACUCCCAGAUCUCGUGGAAGUGGUGGUCAAACUAAACGCUCAUCACAAGCAGGCUGGACAGAUGAAGAGGACACCAUAUUAACUGAUGUAGUGAAGAAGUACAAUGGGAGGAACUGGAAGAAAAUAGCUGAAUCUAUUCCAGGACGAUCAGAUGUUCAAUGCCUGCAUCGCUGGCAGAAAGUUCUUAAUCCUGAACUAGUCAAAGGGCCUUGGACCAAAGAGGAAGAUGAUCGUAUUAAAGAGUUGGUUGAAAAGCAUGGCUGUAAGAAAUGGUCACUUAUUGCAAAACAUUUGGCUGGUCGAAUUGGCAAGCAAUGCCGGGAGAGGUGGCACAACCAUUUAGAUCCAGCCAUAAAGAAAGAUGCAUGGACAGAUGAGGAGGAAGCAACUCUUGCAUAUUACCACCAGAUAUAUGGCAACAAAUGGGCUGAAAUUGCUAGAUUCCUACCUGGAAGGACUGACAAUGCAAUUAAGAAUCACUGGAAUAGCACAAAGAGGAGACUAGAUCUAAACAUGCCACCGGCUUUUCCUACUAGAAAUAUAGCCCCUGAGCUUAGUGUAGUUAAAAAGAGAAACAGGGGAAUGGAACAGAACACCAGUGAAAAUAAGUUUUCUACCCAAACAAAUACUUGCUCGACAAAUUUGGCUCUUGGAAAUAGUAAAAUUGGUUUUACCAAUGAUGACUCUCUAGGGUUUGCUAGGUAUGCAAAAAUCCACAAAGUUGAACCAUCAACUUCCCCGGAUUUGAAACCUGAUAAUUCCUUUUUAAGUCUGUCAAUAUUGGGAUUUAGUGAGGGCAGUACUCAAAUGACUGAGAUUUAUGAAACACCUCCUAGUCGCUCUGUGUGUUACCAGCCUAAGAAGUUGGCCAAAUUUGUAGAAAAUGGUGGAUCUGGAACGCCAAGUACAGCCAACAGUUCUAAAUGCGAUCAAAUUUCUUGCUCUACUCCCCCUGGUCUUGCAUUAAGUAUCUCCAUUAAUAGUAGCAGUCCAGAAUCUAUUUUGAGGAAUUCGGGACUCAGUUAUAAGAAUACUCCUUCCAUCAUAAGGAAAAGAACUCCAAGGAAAACUGCUGGUCAUGACUGCAGCAAAGAUGUUGAGACUAGUGACCUGGAAAAAGAAAAGUGUGAUUCAGUCUCUUGGCUGCAUAGAUCUCAACCGUCUUUAGGGAGACGUUUGGACUACAUGUUCGAUGCAGAGUGUGACCCAACCAUAGUUAGAUGUUGCAGCCCAGGUUCUGUUGCUCCAUCCUCAAAAGCAAAUGUGAUGCUGACUCCUUGAUUUAGUUCAGUUAACAUAAUAAAUCUCCUAAGACAACCUGUGAUAUAUAAUAUAUAGCAAAUGGUGGUGCAAUGGAAGUCGCUAGCUUGAUAGAAUUCAGGUGAUAAAAAUGGCUUGUUUUUGCCUGAUACUUGUUUGGCUGGAUCCAGAUUCCCAUCUCAAAACUUCAUACUUUAAUUAAUAAUGGCACCAUACUUCUUAUGUGAAUAUUAUUAUUAUCUUUUUUCUUUCCUGUAAGACAGACAGACAGACAGUUUUGUUUUGGACUGACUGACUAUAUGAUGGUAUCAAUAAUUGAGUAUGGUUGUGUUACUAAUGAAAGAUACAACUUUUGAUUC